UGUAGCCCCCAUCACCCCAUUGUAAGUGCAUUAUGAAGGGAUCUUCUAAUGGUUAGUGUGAACAGGAAGAAGGAUUACAACAUGACGGCAUGUGAAACCUCAAUGUGUCAUACAGUUACUGAUCAUAAAAUGAGUCUAGAUACUGUGCAAACAUGUCACGUCGUCACAGGAAAGUCGCCAAUAAAAGCUUAAGAAAGGUCUCAUCCCUGCCGCUUUCUGGGGCGUUAUGCUGAAUAUAUGAACGAAGUUUCACAUAUACUUAUCCGUCAGUGAACUGAAGUGGUGGGGGUGUUUGGACUUGUCAUUUUCUAGUUGAAUAUAUUGAGCAUUUAUAUAAAAAUAAUUUAAGCUCGUUAGUUAAAGCAUUCUGGCGCCCUCUAUCGUCACCUAGUUGCUACGCAACAGUAUGCUAAUCGUGUUCCCAUGAUGGUGUUCUGGCUGUAAUCUGAACGCCGGUGCCAGAGAAACACCCUCAAGGGAGAAAGUGUUCCGAUGAAUAUCCUAGGUUAGCUGACCGUGUGCUUCGAGGAAGAACGAUGGAAAGUGUUCAAGAGUUUUUUCAUGGAUUGGAGCUGGACAACCGGACAGCGGCACUGCUCACCGGUGCAGCCUGCGGUGUGGGAGCUCUGGUCGUGCUGGUGCGGAAGUUCAGUAGCCACCAAGAGGCAGAGAAGAAGAUCCAGAGAGCCAGAAAGAGGAGGACUGAGAGUCUGCAGCGGGCUGAACAGGCUGUACUUCAGUACAAGGAGUCGCAUCCCAUGACCGACCCGUCUCUCAUUUUGACGUUGUCCCUGUCUGAGUUGACAAAGCAACUACAGGAAGGCUCACUGAGACCUGAGGAUGUAUUUUACUCUUACUUGGAAAAGACUAUCAAUGUAAACAAAAAGCUAAACUGCUGCACAGGGAUUUUGCUGGAGAGUUUUGACCAGCUGAAAACUGUUGGCUCCAACAAGGACGGUCUCUUGUAUGGAGUUCCAGUUAGCAUCAAAGAAAACUUUGCAUACAAGAAUCAUGACUCUUCUUGUGGUGUCAUCAUCAAACUGGAGCAGCCAGCUCAGCAGGACUGUGUGCUUGUUGAAGUUCUGAAGAGACAAGGAGCUAUUCCCUUUGUGAAAACCAACCUGCCCCAAGGCCUACUAAAUUAUGACUGCAGUAACCCCAUCUAUGGGCAGACGGUGAACCCCCACAACCUCCAGAAGACCUCUGGAGGUUCGUCUGGUGGGGAGGGGGCUCUCAUCGGGGGAGGAGGCUCCCUACUUGGUUUAGGUUCUGAUAUAGGGGGCAGCAUCCGUAUUCCUGCUUCAUUCUGUGGGAUCUGUGGCUUCAAGCCAACAGCAGGUCGGCUAAGUGUACAGGGUGUGAGCCCCAUUUAUCGAGGGCAAAAGUCAGUGCUGUCAUCUCCUGGACCCAUGGCCAAGGAUGUGGACAGUCUGGUUCUCUGUAUGCAGGCUCUGCUCUGUGACCAUAUGUUUACCCUGGACCCCACUGUUCCACCUGUACCUUUUAAUGAGCAGAUGUACAAGAGCUCCAAACCUCUGAGGAUUGGUUACCUAGAAAGUGAUGGCUAUACACAACCGUCUCCAAGCAUGGCCCGAGGCAUCAGAGAGGUCAAAGCUCUGUUAGAGCAAGCAGGACACACUUUGGUGCCCUACACUCCUCUGAGGAUCAGACACACUGCAACUGAACUCAUGAUGAAGGGUAUCCUGGCAGACGGAGCUACCACCCUGCUGCAAAAACUGGAGGGCGGCCCUCUGGACCCCUGUCUCAUAUCACAGGUUUUCCCUUACUGUCUUCCUAAUUGGUUGAAGAAAACCCUCUCCUUCCUCCUCAAGCCUCUGUUUCCCCGUGGGUCUGAAGCACUCAGUGCUAUUUGUGGAGUUGGAUCUGUUCCAGGUCUGUGGAAGCAGCACGCUGCUGUUGAGGACUACAUUCAAGAAACAAUAGCAGACUGGAGAAGAUGCAACAUAGAUGUGCUGCUGUGCCCUGUGAUCGGACCAGCCUACAACUUCUUAUACCCCGGCAAGCUUACCUGUUGUGCCGCUUACACACUCAUUUACAAUCUCCUCACCUUUCCUGCUGGUGUUGUUCCUGUUUCCACGGUGACAGCAGAGGAUGAGGAGGAACUCAGACACUAUAAGGGACUUUAUCAGGACUACUGGGACAGACUCUUCAAACAGGCUGUGUCUGGAGGUGAGGGUUUGCCAGUGGCAGUGCAGUGUGUUGCCCUGCCGUGGCAGGAUGAGCUCUGCCUGCGCUUCAUGAAGGAGGUGGAACAACUGGUUAAACAGAGCAGAAAGUGAGACCACAGGUGGGGCUGCUAACUUCAGGGCCCUGAGGUUAAAUUUACUUUGGGUACAACAUGUAAAAGUAAACACUAACAGUAAGCCGGUCUCUGAAAUCAUUUUGAUGCAGCCGCUCUUUUAAGAAAUAACUGCACAUAAUGUGAGAGCUGUUAACCACAUUAAAACACACUGGAAUAUGAGAUAACCCAAUUAAUAAUGCUUUCGAAAAGGUUGUUGAGUAUUUGAAAAUCUUUAAUAUUUAGUUAUUUAAUAUUGUUUUAUUCCUCUGUUCAACACAGAUAAACUAGCAUUUUCUGUACUUUGGCUUUUCGGGGCUUUAAUGUAGAAAAGAUGCACUUCUAAUUUAGUUUAAGUAAUUGAUUGACAAACCUCAAGAUUUUAACAAAUCAUUUUGUUUGUAUUGUACUUAACUAUUGUCCUUAACUUAACAUUUUGGGUUUUUUUUAAAAUUUGCUUUAGAGUUGAGAGUCUGACACUUAUGAUUAUGUGAUCUUUAUUGUUUUUUGUUGGGGUGUUUUUUCUUUUUUUUUUCUUCUUUUUGAGGAAUUCAGGAUCCCAUUUGUUUGUUCUGUUUUCCCACCACUGGCACUGUUGUAAUAUUUCAUGCAAUAUAGCAUGAAUAGGCAUUACCUUCAAGAAAUUGAAUUCAUGUUAUCAAAAACCAAAUGCAGCAAAUCUUGAAAAUUAGAAUUUACAGUAUAACGAAUAUGGAAAAUAAUGCUUUGUUUACUUGAUCAUGUUUGUCUCUUUACAAGACCUGACAGCUUUAUGUCAAAUGAUAGCCAAGAAUAAAGUGAAGUAACUGAUUUCUCA